CGGGCUGACGGACUUUGACGCUGCCGCUCACAGGUGGAGGCUCUGAGGAGAAAGUUACAUCUGGACCGCAGGGAUACUUUACAGCUGUGUGCGCGCGUGCGUGCGUGUUUGCGUUUGUGUGCGUGUCCAUCACUCACAUCUGCUGCUGCUGCUGCUGGCACAGAGCGCCACAGUUUUGUUAGUGGGAAUUAAACUCCGCUCCGGGAUGACUGAUGACCGAUGAUCAGGAGGACAUUCCCCACUCAAGGCAGUGAUGGAGAACGAGACGUGGCCGCACCCCUCAUACGUACCCCAUUAUCUCCUCCACGGUGACCCCUUCGCCUCAAAACUCUCCAGAGAGGCGGACAUCGUCGCAGCGUUUUACAUCUGCAUCAUAGGAAUCAUGUCUGCCACAGGGAACGGCUACGUCAUUUUCAUGACCAUCAAACGCAAGACCAAGUUGAAGCCUCCUGAGCUCAUGACUGUUAAUCUCGCCAUCUUCGACUUUGGCAUAUCAGUGACAGGAAAGCCCUUUUUCGUUGUAUCUAGUUUCUCCCACCGCUGGUUGUUCGGCUGGGAGGGUUGUCGCUUCUAUGGCUGGGCUGGCUUCUUUUUUGGCUGCGGGAGCCUCAUCACGAUGACUGUGGUCAGUCUGGACCGGUACCUCAAGAUCUGCCAUAUCAGAUACGGCACAUGGCUAAAGCGCCACCACGCCUUCCUGUGCCUGGCCUUUGUGUGGGUGUAUGCAGCUUUCUGGGCCACCAUGCCUCUGGUUGGCUGGGGGAGCUACGCCCCGGAGCCCUUUGGCACCUCCUGCACAUUGGACUGGUGGCUGGCACAGGCCUCUAUUUCCGGCCAGACCUUCGUCAUGGCCAUCCUGUUCUUCUGUCUGAUCCUCCCCACAGGCAUCAUCGUCUUCUCCUAUGUCAUGAUCAUCUUCAAGGUCAAGUCGUCUGCAAAGGAGAUUUCCCACUUCGAUGCGCGGAUCAGAAACAGCCACAACCUCGAGAUGAAACUCACAAAGGUGGCAAUGCUGAUCUGUGCAGGCUUCUUGAUAGCGUGGAUCCCUUAUGCAGUGGUGUCGGUGGUGUCAGCGUUUGGCGAGCCCGACUCGGUGCCAAUACCCGUGUCUGUCAUUCCCACGUUGCUUGCCAAGUCUGCAGCCAUGUACAACCCCAUCAUCUACCAGGUCUUGGACCUGAAGAAUUCCUGUGCAAAAUACUCCUGUUUUAAGGCCCUGAAGGAGCGCAGGCACUUUAGAAAGUCGAGGUUCUACACCAUCUCUGGCUCGUUAAGGGAAACUCCACCGGCCAAAGAAGCUCACAUCGAGAUGUGAGAAAAGACACUUUAGACUGUGUGAACCUCUUACCUCUCCUACUCGGACAGUUUUGCCUUGUUCCUUCGCCCUCUGUGCCCUGCACGUAUCCAAUCACACGCUGCCUGUCACCUGCUCUGACAUCAUCAUUUCUGCUCACCUUUAC